CUUGCACCAGUGCCUUGAAUCAGUAUGCCAUUGUGAGUCUUCGCUGCAGCGAUUCUAUCUAUCCAUCCAUCCAGUGACGGCAAGAGGGCAGGCAGAGAGGCAGAGAGGCAGGCAGGCAGGCAGGUAGGCAGACACAUGAAUGGGAUGGCGAUGAAUGGUGUAAAUGAAUGCCAUGUCCGAGCGACAGACGUCUUGCGACUUGCCAUUUACAAGAGACAUGAUGAGUCAGUCUUCCCAUGAGAGUCGUCUCACAUAUGCAGCCGCAUUGUUGUCCACUUACGCAUCCCAUCUCAUCUAAACCCUAAACACACACACCCACCCCCAAAGUCGCGUCGCACGUCAAGGCUAAAAAAAAGAAAACAAAAAUAGAGCGGGCCUGUCCGUGCGGACACGAAUAAUCAACAACCCCUAUUGAAUUUCGGGCGGCCAGCAAUCCUUAGUCCGUCACGUUAGUCAUGGGAUGCAUACGGACCGAUAAAGGCACAUCGACAUGGUGAAAUCGACAGCCAGGCUGCACACACAAAGGGAAAGGAUAAAGGAUGGAGGCAGGCACUGGAUGGGAUGGGAGCACGAAGGCACGAAUUUGACCGAGAGGUACAUAUAUAUGUUUGCAGUGCGAAUGCAUAUGAAUUGACUCAGAGAGAGAGAGAGAGUACUGAAAUGGGUGUAAGUAAGUAAUAAUAACAAUGACAUGACAUACACAUAAACGUACUCCAGCUGCAUUGUACGGCCCACUCGACCCCCACACACACAUCGACCGACCGACCGAUAUCGAUGCGAUCAUCGCAUACCAGGUACGCCCACCCCCUGAGGCGACCGAUGCUCCGCUGCGGCCUCAUCCAGCUCAUGGAGCCCCCGCACCAUCUCGCUGAAGAUGCCGCCAGCCGCCUUGAGCCUUUCAGGGGUGUCAAACUCGGCCACCUUUCCCUUGUCGAGCACCAGAAUUCGGUCGUAGUCCAUGACCGUCUCCAGUCGAUGGGCUAUGGUGAUGACGGACACCUCCCGCACACGCCUGGCGCCCCAGCCCGUCUUGGUCGCGUCACGGAGGGCCGCCUGGAUCAGCUGGUCCGUCUGGCUGUCGAUCUGCGCAGUGGCCUGCACACAUUGAUGAGGGAGGGAGACACACCCACAGUGCACUCACUAGAGUAAGCUGCUUUGUUGGAAUCUGGGCUGACCUCGUCGAGCACGAGAACCUCGGACGACCGCAGGAGGGCCCGCGCGACACACACCAGUUGACUGAUGAGACACACACAUAGAAUAAAGACAGCGUCCAUGUGUCAAUGCGUCUGCCUCACCGUUGUCCAGCUGAAAGAUUGCUGCCCUGCUCCGCGACCAUUCCGUCCAGCCCUCCCAGUUUCUGUAUCAGGUCUGCACACGACACCACACAACAUAACACGCCCUCCGUGCGUAUGUGCGUUCAUCUGGCUGCCGGCUGGGGUACCUACCCUUGAGAUGGAGCAGGUUGAAGACGGCCUGUAUGUCAGCCUCGGGAAAGGCCUUUCCGCUCGGGUCGAGGUUGUCGUGCAGCGUGCCGCCAAACAACGUGGGGUCCUGGGGAAUGAUCGCCUGAUGAUCCAUAGCAUAGAUGCCACAGACAUAGACACACACACGGACAGACAGACACACGUCUUGUGGGCGCGGCGCCCCGCAAAGAUGCGGCACUGCGGUUUGCCGACCAGUCGGUUGCGCAACGUGUGCAGAGGGAUGUUCUGUGUGUCUUCGCCGUCGAGACGAAUCGUCCCGCUGCAGUCAACCGCCAUACCAUACACACAGCACCGCCCAGCCCACCUCGGAGAAAAGGACACGGCCGGCCGCUCACCGUUCCCUCCCGCCCCCCACCCACCUGUUGACUUCAUUCAUACGGAAGAGGGCGUUGAUGAUGCUCGACUUGCCCGCCCCCGUCCGCCCCACCACGCCGAUCCUCUCGCCCCGACGCACACCAAAGCUCACGCCCUUGAGGAUCCAGUGGCCCUGACGGUACUUGAGCCACACGUCAUCGAAGACGACCUUGUGGCCGUCGGAUGGCACGGAUGGCGGGGGGUGGACUCGCCUCAUCGAGGGGGGUCGUUUUGAUGGGUCGCGUAGGAGGGCCAGGUCGGCAGAUGGCGACCAGUGGGGGAAGUAGGCCGCCUCCUGGGGGAUGUCCGAGUACUCGAGGAGACGCUCGGUGCCUGUCAUGAAUAUAUCAUGACAUGGGUGGGGGAAAGGUCCAUCCGUGUGUCAGUCAAAAGUCAGUCGCUGUGGUUCUGUGUGACCUGACUUACACGUCAUGUAGUUUUCCACAUCUAGCGACACCUUGAUCGUCCUCUGACCAGAUGGAAACAUCAGAGUCACCAUGUGCACCCACAGACGGCGCGGCCACUUCUCCCUCCCAAUGCAUUCCCCACUCACCUGGAAGAGCGCCGUGAGCUGCAGCGAAGACACAAUAGCGAGGCCGGCGAAGUCGGUCUGCAUUGUGUCGGAGUUGGUGAACAACGCCAGCAGCAGAGUGAUACCGCUUGUGAUGAGCGCCGCCGUCAACUCCAUCCGGAACAGGAUCCACUGAGACGUCAACCAGAACAGCGAAAAGUACCUGUCAAUUGGUCGUCAGACAGACAGAGAAGGAGGGAGAAGACAGUCAGUGCAGAACGGUGCAUGCAAUAAUGAGGGCCUGUCGACUAUCUACCUCAUUACCUGGUGUUUGCGUCGAUUCGGUCUUGUCCCUCGUCGAUGAAGAGCUGUAGUUUUUCGAACGUGCGGAUGAUGCAGAGGCCGUUGGGGUGGAGGACCUCCCCGAAGAGGGCGUACACAGGCGACCGGCUCAUGCUGUCAAAACGCUUCAGCUGAGGGCUCAGCCUGCACACACGCAAAAAGCCACCCAUGCAUACAAAUUCACGUCAACACGACCUUCAUCCGUGUGUGCGUCCAUCUGACUGACCGUCUGAACAUGCGAUAGAUGGAGAUGAAGAAUAUGAACAGGAUGAAGGCGAGCACCAGGAAGUAGGGUGUCGACACCAGACACAGAAUGAGGAUCCCGAUGAUGUGGAAAACGUUCUGCAGGAACUGGAUGGAAAACUCCGGCAACAUGAGGUCGAUGGAGUCCAGGUCCUUGCCGAAUCGGUUCAGGAUCGACCCCUGCAGUGUCGUGUCGAAGAAGUACGGCACGCUGGCCUUCAGGACGCGAACCAGCGCCGUCCGAUGCAGAUAAGCACUCGACCGGUUCGCAAGCCACACCUGAUAAUCACCACACGACACACAAGAUGCAUCCGUUCAUCGGCCAUGAGUGUGUCUGUCUGCCUGUCUGUCUGUGUAGCGUGUUAGAGGUUGCACUGCACUGACCAGGAAGAAUGAUCGGAUGACGAGGAAGAGGCAGGUGGCUAUGAUGAGGGCGCAGAAGAGGGGGCCGUUGCGUGAGCCCUCCUGUGCUUCGGGCUCCUCGCUGCCCCAAAAGUUGACCAGGAAGUACUCGGCAAACAGACGCAGGAACUGACCACCUGCAUUGCAUCCACACGAGAGAUGCGACAGGACGGCGUGAGAACGGCGUGAGAAAGCGCCCACAUGCAAUGCAAGAGGCAAAUCAGAUGGCCGACCGGCAUACAGCGUGAGCAGGAGGACGAGCAGCGUUGCGCCAAUGCACAUGUUGUUGGACUGUGCGGCGGCCGCCCCGUAUCGUGCGUACGUUCUUCCCCCCACGAGUGCCGAACCGCCAGCGGGGGACCCGCCAGACGUCCGGGGGGUGUUCAUCCCGCCCUAGGAGAAGAUAAGAUCGACAGACACAUCGAUAUUAACACCAAUCAUCGAACCACCGUGCUGACUGAAUCAAUCGUCUGUCUCCCUCCCUCCCUCCCUCCCUCCCCAUCGCUUAGUUACCGGCAUUUCCCUCUGCACGAGCUGUCGCUUUGCCGGCGGCUGGUGUUUCACGAUCGACUCUGGAAUGGGAAUAGGUGUCUUGUCGCCCAUGGUGGCCUUCUUGGCCUUCUCCGCCUGCUUGUCGAGUGCGGCCUUGGCCUUGACGUGCCCCCGGUAGACGUCGUCGACCAGCUCUGCGACCGUCUCGUAGGGCUCUGAGGACGACGGCAGGGCCAGCACUGUGGUGGCCGUGGGGGUGAUGGUCUCAUCUUCGCGGAAUGAUGGGCCCUUCAAGUCGACCGUUGACGAUAUGACGCGCCCGUCCUGACACACACGAAGGAGGGAGGACACACAGAUGGGGCGGGGCGUUUGUAGGGGUCUGGGCUGACUGACUGUAGGACUACUUACCUGAAGGUGGAUGACGCGGUCGAAGUAUGGGAGCAGGUACAUGUGGCUGUUGAGGCAGACGAUGCGCGUGGUGUCCUUGAGCAGCCCCAUGACGCCCUGCCAGAACAUGACGCUGCACGUCUGCAGGUCCACAGACGCAAACGGGUCGUCCAGCAGCACAAACCCGUCGCGCCGAUCCGCCUCGUGCUGCAGCGCACGGGCAAACGUCACACGCACCUUCUGGCCACCUGCACAUGGAAACGAAAUGCAUCCAUUCAUCGCCCACACACUCAAGUGGUGUGUGCUGUGCUGUGCUGUGCUGCAAAGAAGUGGACCUGAGAGGUUGAUGCCCUGCUCGCCGAUCUCGGUCUGGUCCGCUUCCGGCAGGAUGCCCAGAUCAGGCAGCAGCCCAGCGCAGCUCAGCACUUGCUCAUAGGUCUCCGGCGCCUCGUACAUGAUGCCCGUAUCAUUCAGCGACCGGAACAGAACGUUGUUCUGCAGCGACAGGUUCUGUAUCCACGGCUCCUGCGACACGAACGACGGCGACGGGCCGCGAAGCACCACCCUCCCGGCCGUCUGGGGCACCUCUCCCAUCAUUGCCUUCAGAAAGGUGGUCUUGCCGCCCCCCACCUUGCCCACAAGGGCCACCAGCUCGCCGCGGUUGAUCUUGACGUUGUCCAGCCUGAGAGUGAAGUUGCUCGAUGGCCACCGGAAUAUCGCAUUCUCGAUAUGAAGGGCGGGCGCCUUCGGGGGGCCGUUGGUGGACAGCCGCUGGACGUGGGAGCGCCAGGAUGGCAGAAGGAGGAAGUCUCGGAGGCGCUGAAGGGAUAUCUUGGCUUCCUGGUCGGUUGCCAUCGCCUGACUGAGCAACAUGCCCGGAAACCUGCACACGCCAUACCCACACACCCUCGUGUGCGCGUGUGUAUUCCCUGAGUGUGGUGGUACGGACUGGAGUGCACCUGAGGAUGUUGAGGAAUGCCAGUGUGACGAGUAUCUCUGAGCUCUCGAGGGGCUCGUCCAGCAGGUAAACUUUGGGCACAAAAAUGCCAAAGGCGCACAGCAGCGGAGCCACAAACAUCAUUUCGCGCAGCAGCGCACGCCUGCGUGACCACGCAAGAGACACACAGUGAGGGCGACAGCAUGUGCAUGUGGGUCUGUCUGUCUCCUUGCCUCCUUCGAUCCAUCCAUCCCUUGUGGCGACUUGGCGACUUACCACACGAGUGAGUGUUCGAUGGCGCUCAGCUCCUCGUUUCUGCAGGCCUGCACCUUGCUGCCCAGGGCAUACUCCCAGGCAAACAGCUGACAUCCGGGACAUACAUAGCACAUGACGGGGUGGAUGCGUUACGAGAAGUGACUGUGUCGGUUUGGUGCUGUGCUCACUUUGACGAAUCGGAUGUUCUGCAGGAUCUGGUUGAAGUGCCUCAUCCGUUUGUCGGUGUGCUGCAUGCUUGUGCGACGCAUCCGGGCUAUCCGCCGACUCACCGCCAGCUGAAUCGGCUGCACACACGUAACGCACACACAAGCGGAGAGAGAGACAGAGAGAUGGAGGCUCCAUCCAACCAACACAUGUAAGUUGGUCCGGUCGGUCUGUCUUUGAUGAAGUGAGUGAGUGCCGCUGGACCGACCAGUAUGAGUACGAACAGCGAUAUGCCGAUGAUGGAUGCCAUCCCAAUGUACAGCCACAACACAAUCAGAGUCACCACAGCCGUCAACGCAAAAUGCCUGCAAUCAAAUCAAGACCCUCGUGUGAACGUGAAUGUGUUCUGGCUCUUGUUUUGGCUUGGCUUGGUUUGGUGGGGUGGGUGGGUGACGGGCUGACCGACCAGUAGAAGUGCAGGAACUGAAGGCACAUGAAGACACGCUCCGGAUCCACAGACAUCCUGGUCAACGUCUCCCCUGCAGGCCACACAAGAAGACAAGACACCACAUGACAUGUGCCAAUCAAUGAUCGGUCCAUCCAUCCAUCUUCUAUUCUCCCCCUUUCGUCUCACCUGCAGUGGCGCUCUGUUUGUCUUUCUUCGGCUGGAAGGACGGCAGCGUCAGUGCGUGCCGAUACACCGCCAGCAUCAGCGCCGCACGCACCUCAAUCCCAGCCCGUGUGCAAAGGUAAAACCCCCUCCUGUAUAAACAAACAAACCGACAACCGACAUGGUCAGUCACCUGGCCAAGUGAGUGUCCCUCUCUCUCCCUCUCACUGACGCCAUGAAGAUGGACGACAGGAUCGACACGACGGCCAGCAGGACUGCGUACACGAGUGCCAUGGGGUUGAAAUUCCACCCCUCCUGGGCCACCACCCCCUCGUCGCUGGUCCAUUGCAGCUCGCGGAACAACAGCUGGAUGAUCAGAGGCAACGCAAAUUGGACGCACAUGAACAGGAACUGGUAAACGCCUGACAAAGAACAAACAACAAACAGCACACAGCACACACAGCACACAUUGACAGACAGACAGGCUGACCGAGGGAGGGGAGAGCACUGCGUGUUUGUGGCUGACUGACUGACCUCCGAUGACCCAUUUCCGCCCAAAAGCGCGGUAGAGUGCGAGUGCGAUUGACGGCCGGUUGACCCAGCUCUUGGCGUCGUUGGCUGUCUCCUUCUCCCUCUCCCAUUCCUCAGCCAGCCGCUCGUACAGCCCAUGACAGCUGUCGCUCUCAAGCGUGCGGAACACAUCCUCGUCGCGCAGACCCUCCCGGCCCUUGCGCAGCGCCGUCCUCACCAACCUGACACACACACACACAUGGACAUGGACACAAGCACAGACAAGCACGGACAAGCACAGACAAGCACCCUGUUUUGUUCCCGAUUCUAGGGUGAUUGUGCGUGUGUGUGUGCUCACGGAUUGAGCCAAGACAGCGACACGAUGGAGCAGAGGGCUCCAAUCCGCUGGCAGAGAGUGCCGGAGGUGAGCCUACGCUCUUUCUCUGUCAGAGGGUGAGAGGGCGGGCCGAAAGAGAGCGUGGCUGUGGUGCUGGUGGCCACACCGGGCGUGGACGCCUUGGCACCGUCCUCCGUCUCCUGGCGCGGGAUGGUUGCUGACCGAGCCUCAGUCAUCCGGAUCAGACCAACUGACGAAAACCACUUAAUUCCCGUCCGCUCUGUGACGACCGGACGUGCAAAAAAGAUGCGUGCGCCACCAGAC